GCUCAAGCAACGACGUCGAAUCAAACUCUUUCCGGCAAAACGAACAGAACAAAGAAGUCAAACAACCGCCACUCUACACUGAAAAUCCAAAACUCGCAGAAAAUCUCUUCAAUUCCAUCAAUCGGCAAUGCAAGAUUCGCGGGAAAUACUGCUGAAGUCGUUGGAGAGCUCCGGCGUAUGUGUCCCGGACGACGUGUCGUCUGUUAAGGACAUGACGCUGGCGGCCUUGGUCUCGAUCUGCGGCCAGUCUCUCAACCUCAUCGGCCAAACGACGCCGUUUCCCACUUCCCUCCCCGACUCCUCCGUCGCCGACCAGUUCAAGCUCUGUACGGACAUUGCCUCCGGGAUCAAAAGCCUCGGUUACCUCGCCGACCUGAGCUUCCAUCAGUUCUUGUAUCCAUCUGAAGAGGGCUCGUACAAGUUGAUAAGGUUCUUGGUGGAGAGGCUUUCAGAUUCUUCUGAAGUUGGCGGAAAAGCUGGUCCAGAGGGUGUCAAUGAUGAAAGGAAAGAGAAAGAAGGUAGCUCUGGAAGCAAUUUGGAGGACCAAACAACUGGUGACAAGGAACCAGAUCUUAGUCGUGACAAAGUUCGAGUCAAGUUGGACAAACUCACAUUGAAGAGUGAAGUACCUGAAAUAAGCGUUAAUGAUGUGCGCACCUCUAGCACAGGAAGAUUCAACAAGGACAGACAAACUAAUGUAUUUAGCGGGAAUCAUUCGACUGAAAAAGUGCAAAAUCAGGAGCAACUGCUCAUGGAGGAGGUUAAAGCAAAAACUUCAGAACUUGAAGAAGAGUUGGAAUUAGUAAAAGAAGCAGCAGAUAUGGCAUUUGACGUCCAUCAUUCUAUUGAAUUUCACCUUGACAAACUUAAUGAGCUAGUAGAUGUUCGAAAGCAUCACCUUGGGGAAUUGACGUCACAGUGGGAAGCAGUCAGAAAGCCCUCGGAAGCAAAAAAGGAAAGUCUUCAGGUGUCUGUAUAUGCAAAUAACCCAUAUACUCAGGAAAAGCUCCGUGAGCUGAAAGAUUAUGAACUGGAAAGAGAAUCCAUCUUAUUUGAAAUUCGAAAAAGGGAGGAGGAGCUUUCUAAACUGUCAACGGAUCUAGAGAAGCAGCCCAAGCUGGCAUCAAGAAAGUCCUACAUUGAAAGGGUCAAGGAGAUCACAAAGAACAGUCGGAAACAAGAAGCUGACAUAGAGCAGAUUAAAGACACCAGGGAGCUUCAGUUAGAGAGUAACUCUAUUCAAGAACGUCUUCAUCGGACGUAUGCUGUUGUAGAUGAAAUGGUGUUCAGGGAAGCAAAGAAAGAUGCAGUUGGGAAGCAGGCUUAUAGGCUUCUCACUAGCAUCCACAAGUGCUUCGAACAGAUUCGUGAGAAAAUCUUGGCAACUGAUAGAAUACGACGAGAAGUAGGUGAACAUGAAAAGAAGCUAGCGGCCAUGGCCUCGCGAAGCUUAAAUGUAGACAAACUACAAGCCGAUCUUGAUGCCAUCAGGAGGGAAAAUCAGUACCUAGAGAAAUGUCUCCAGGAUCAAUAAGUGAACUCUUUGUAACUAUUAUUCAUUCUUUCGAUCAUCGAUUUACAUUAUUUUUGGUUUUGGUUCUCAGUUUUGAAUUUAUACACUGUAUAACAGAUUUAGUUCCAAGUGCCAUAUACAUAAUCUUAUGGUCUACUCUUCAGCAGCAAGGCAAUUGGACUGCGCUCGCUUAAGAAUUCUCCCCCAAAUUACUUCCUCCUUAAACAUGAUCAACGAAGAGAAUCAGUCAAAUAAUACACCCUAUGAAAAUUACAAUUUCUGAUGUGGAAGUGUAGGCUGAUGUGGAAGGCAACCCCCGUCGCGAUAUUCUUCUUGCUGGCUCUCAUGGCAUGGUUGGAUCCACCAGGAGUCAUACUUUUCAAGUGGAUUUCAAUAACUCAACCGCCAUUCCUUGGCUUUCUCCUGCAUUGGUCAGGAGCUUUGGCACUCGGGUAAGUCUGUUUUUGUCAUUUUCUUCCAGUUACAUUACUUUUGCACGUGGCUUUCUUCCAGUUGUAUGGAUGGGUUGACUGACGGAUAUGACUAUGCUAUAUCCAGCUUCGAAACCUUCCAAUAUAACUGAAAAAUAGAGAAAGUAGAAAUUUGAAUUACCCAUUCCACAAAUGAGUGAUCCACCAACUGUGAAAAAUAAAAUAAAACUAUGAGUCACCGUCCACCAACUGAAAAAAAAAAAAGAAAAAGAAAAAACAAGAUUGAUUCACACCCCACUUUCUUUUUUCUUCACCUAAAGCAACCCUUGUGUUCCCUUUGGUCAUUUAGCUUAAUUUCUUUGCAUCAGUCUGCAACUCUUCUCCUCUAAGCAGUCUUUAUCACAGCAUCUCUUGAUCAAGUUUUGAUGGACAUCAAUAACCAGAGACCUGCUCAAGGUGGAGAACCUUCAAUGGAGGCAGGUGAUUGGAGAAGCCAAGUGCAUCCAGAUUCACGACGUAGAAUUGUCCGCAAGAUAACUGAAACGUUGAAGAGGCACCUUCUCUCCGAGGGCGAGGAGGGAUUACGUGAACUCGAGAAUCUUGCUGUAAUGUUUGAGGAAAAGACAUAUGUUGCUGCGUCAAGCCAGUCCGAUUAUCUGCGGAAAAUUUCUCUCAAGAUGCUCACCAUGGAGAUCAAGUCCGGAGUGUCCCCAACACCCCCCUCCAACCUGAAACGCCAUCGCGUCCGUGCUUGACUUUCGUAGGUACCCAUUUUUCAAAAAUGGUUCCCUAGAAAAUGCAGCUAUGUAUUAAAUAAAUAAAAAACUGCAGAUUUGAGAGUUUCAGAAACUCAACGGAAGCUCAAAUGAUUACGAUGGUCAUUGAAAACCCUAAGGAGUACUUGAUGUGCAAAAUUUAAUGGUAAUUCUUCUUGUUCUGCUCAUCUAUAUAUCAACCAUGUAAAAUUGAUCAUGUCUUACAUAUGUAACUAGUUUUGCUUUUAAAUUUGUUAUCUUCGUUUUUUCUUGCA